ACACACACACACACACACACACACACACACACACACACACACACACACACACACACACACACACACACACACAUUGAGUUUCAGGACGCGAGGCGCACGCUCACACCACAGACUCACUCAUACACAAAUACGCGCACGCACAGAGCGAACACAGAACGCGCCGAGGAAAAGUGUUCGCCAGUGGAACCAGUGAAGUCCGACCAGAAGCUGCUUCUCUUCUCUUCCCAGGAGGAGACGUUUGAACGACGAGGACCGCGACGCUUUAAACAAGAGCUGACCCACUCCCAGGAGCCUUCCCCCCCCCCCCCUGCCGGACCCAUGAGCCUGAGCACCAGCGAGAUGGAGGACCUGUGGGAGUCCUUGGGGGAGCUGAACUCCUCGGACCCCCUGGGGAACAUCACCAGCGUGGACGUCGUGCUGUGCGCCACGGCCUUCAGCCGGAGGGCGCUGCUCUCCUCCAUGUGCGUCCUCUACACCUUCAUCUUCGGUGGCCUGGCCGCCAACGCCCUGGUGCUGUGGGUCAACGUGCGCGCCCAGCGGGACGCCGCCGCGCCGCGCCACGAGACGCACGUGUACGUCACGCAGCUGGCGGCCGCCGACCUGUGCGUGUGCGUGACGCUGCCCGUGUGGGUGAGCUCGCUGGCGCAGAGCGGCCACUGGCCCUUCGGCGAGGCGGCGUGCAAGCUCACGCACCUGCUCUUCUCCGUCAACCUGUUCAGCAGCAUCUUCUUCCUGGCCUGCAUGAGCGUGGACCGCUACCUGGGCGUGGUCGGGCGGGGCGCGGCCGCGGCCGAUGGCCCGGCCGCCGCGCGCCGCCGGAAGCUGAUUCGCCGCGGGGUGUGCGUGGGCGUGUGGCUGCUGGCGCUGCUCGCCUCGCUGCCCGACACCUACUUCCUGCGGGCGGUGCGCUCGGCCCACGGCGAGGCCACGCUGUGCCGGCCGGUGUACCCCGACCACAGCCCCCAGGAGUGGAUGGUGGGGGUGCAGCUCAGCUUCAUCCUGCUGGGCUUCGCGCUCCCCUUCCCCGUCAUCGCCGUGUUCUACGCCCUGCUGGCGCGGGCUCUCUCCCGCUCCUCCGUCACCUCCCCCUCCUCCUCUUCCUCCUCCUCCUCCGUCAUCACGUCCUCCACCUCCUGCUGCUCCUCUCCGGGGUCAGCCGGGGAGCAGGAGCGCUGCGUGAGCCGCCGUGUGAUCCUGGCCUACAUCGUGGUGUUCCUGGGCUGCUGGGGGCCGUACCACGCCGUCCUGCUGACCGACGCCCUCUCCCAGCUGGGCGUGGUUCCGCUGACCUGCGGCCUGGAGAACGUGCUCUACGUGGCCCUUCACCUCACCCAGUGCCUCUCGCUGUUCCACUGCUGCUUCAACCCCAUCCUGUACAACUUCAUCAACCGGAACUACCGCUACGACCUCAUGAAGGCCUUCAUCUUCAAGUACUCCACCCGCACGGGGCUGGCGCGCCUCAUCGACACCUCCCACGUCUCCGAGGCGGAGUACUCGGCCGUGGCGGUCGACAGCUCGCCGCAGGUCUGAGGAACGCCGUCGCGGCGGGACGGAAAGACUGCGCUGUGCGAGGAUAGGAGCAGUGGGAAGAAGGGCCGACGUUAGACCUCACUGAUGAAGACGUUGGUUCCUCUCCAGUUCUGAACGAUGCUGUUGGCCUUUGUAGGUUGAGAGGAGGGCCGUUCUGCACCUGGUUUGAUUUUCUUACGGACUGAUAAAGGAAAAGCACUUAGACGUAUUGAACUGGGAGAUACUGUCUGCAAUAAUGUAGUUGGAUUGUAAUGGCUGAACUUUAGUUUGUUUAAUAUAAUAACUCUAUAGCAGAGGUGACCAAUCACUGACCAUAUAUAUAUAUAUUUUGCUAUGUAGUAUCAGAGUGAUUUUGUAUAAAUGUAAUUUUUUACAGCAGGGAAAGUCUGGACCAGGUUUCUCCCUCUAGUAUAUAGGAAUAAACCUCUGUACAUCGUACCAUCGCUAACCGUGAUAUGGUUAUCGUUUUGUAUCAAAUCAUAUUUAUAUUUAGUUUCUUCCUGUGUUUAAUAGCUUUAAACCGUGUAGCAACCAAUGGACUCCAUUUUGUACUGUCAAGCUGCGUCACUUCUGAGCGUCUGAUUGGUUGUCGGCCUAUUCUAUACUCCACCAACCUCAUUAAAAAGGCUAUUUCCAUUUUAAUGCUAAUUUUCCUCAGACAAUAUGCAAGUGUUGUCAUAGUUAAAGACAAACAAAAGCAGAAAACAUCUGCAUUUACCAACUCGUGCUGUUAGCAAUUUUUCGGUUGGUAUAAUUUCUGUGCUAGCGCUACUAAUUAACAAUGCUAGUUCAUGUGAAGGCUCUGUUGUCUCCUCCUCGUCUCGCUCAGACGACUGCUCUGAAACGUUCCGCAGUAUAGAUGGAAACGCUGGCUCACUAUCAGCCCGGCUCCUCAGAGAGAGACAUAUGUUCAGCGGGUUUGAAUCCUGAUGCUUUGUUGAGGUGCAUUCAUCUUAGCCUUCAUGAGCAACAACUAGCCUGCAGCCUUUCUGCUGCUACACAGUGGUAGCAGCUGUGAUGCAAACCGACCGUUUAAACGCCACAAUCAGGAACAGAAACUCACUGUGUGUGUGCGUUUGUUUGGUUGUAUGUAUGUGUGUAUGGUUGUGUGUGUGUAUCCUUCUGUGUAUGUGUGUGUAUGGUUGAUUGUGUGUAUGUUUUUAGUGUGUUUGUGUGUUUGUAAGGCUGUGUAUGUUUAAGUGUGUGUGUGUGUGUGUGUGUGUGUGUGUGUGUGUGUGUGAGUGUGUGUCUCUUUUUGCGUGCGUGUGUGUGUGUGUGUGUGUGUGUGUGUGUGUGUGUGUGUGUGUGUGUGUGCGUGUGUGUGUGUGUGUGAGAGUGCAUGUCUUUUUUUUGCGUGCGUGUGUGUGUGUGUGUAAUGUUUGACUAGUAAUAUUGUGACAUACUGGUCAUUUGAUGUCUUCGGUAAAAGGCAUGUUUCUUUUGUUUAAUAUAUUGACCUGAAACAGAUUGUCCUUACUUUAUUCGUCACACAUGUAUUUUUCCAUACUGCAGAGAUCCCGCACGAAGAUUAAAAAAAGACUGAACCGUGUGUGUUAUCCAGGGGCAUUCGGCGGGUGUAUAAAUGUUAAACAUGUGUUUUUCUCUUUUGUAUAUUAAAUACAAAAAUACAUAA